AAAUAAAACCAAAAUAAACCCAGAAAUUGUGAGCUUGAAUUGAAGCAGAGGCAACUAUCCAAAAAGCCCACAAGUCUUCAACUUCUAUUACUAACAAUCUCACACAAAAAUAUAUAUAUAUAUAUAUAUACACAUAAAAAUCUCAUCUUUUUGUAUUUUGAAACUCAAAUUCUCUAUCUUUUUCUUUCAGAUUCUUGCGUAGCUGAACUGGGGUUCUUUGAAUUCGAGCUGGGUAUCGAGCUUUUUGAUGACCGAGUUCAACUAUGUGAAUUCAAUUCCUUUCUUUUUGUGUAUGUGUGUGUGAAAUUUCUCUCUGUUUUUUGGUUCUGGGAUUUGGGUCUUUUUUUGGUUUUGUGAUAAAUGAAUCAGAGUAACUGUAAGGGAUCGAUGUCAACGGCUAGUUCAAGUACUAAUUGGAAGGCCAACGACGUCGUUCCGGACCAGUUUCCGGCGGGACUACGUGUCCUGGUCGUCGAUGAUGACCCCACCUGCCUUGUGAUCUUGGAGAAGAUGCUUAGGACUUGUCUUUAUGAAGUUACCAAAUGCAAUCGAGCAGAAGUUGCAUUGUCAAUGCUUCGAGAGAACAAAAAUGGGUUUGAUAUUGUUAUUAGCGAUGUUCACAUGCCAGACAUGGAUGGAUUCAAACUCCUAGAGCACAUUGGUCUGGAGAUGGACCUGCCUGUAAUCAUGAUGUCAGCGGAUGAUGGGAAACAAGUUGUCAUGAAGGGUGUGACUCAUGGUGCUUGUGACUAUCUAAUCAAACCAGUCAGGAUUGAGGCAUUGAAGAACAUAUGGCAGCAUGUGGUUCGCAAGAAAAAGAAUGAGUGGAAGGAUUUGGAGCAAUCCGGUAGUGUGGAAGAAGGAGAUCGGCAGCAAAAACUAUCUGAAGAUGUGGAUUAUUCAUCCUCAGCUAAUGAAGGGAAUUGGAAAAACUCAAAGAAGAGGAAGGAUGAAGAAGAAGAAACUGAGGAUAGGGACGAUACAUCUACAUUGAAGAAGCCACGUGUAGUUUGGUCAGUUGAGCUCCAUCAACAGUUUGUAGCAGCUGUUAAUCAACUGGGCAUUGACAAAGCAGUUCCCAAGAAAAUCCUGGAGUUGAUGAACGUCCCUGGGCUCACUAGAGAAAAUGUUGCUAGUCACCUUCAGAAAUAUCGCCUGUAUCUUAGAAGAUUAAGUGGGGUUUCGCAGCACCAGGGUAUGAAUAAUUCUUUCAUGAGUCCUCAAGAUGCAACUUUUGGGGCAAUGUCAUCACUCAAUGGGCUUGACCUUCAAACUCUCAGUGUCACUGGUCAACUCCCAGCACAAAGUCUUGCCACACUUCAAGCAGCAGGACUCGGUAGGUCAACCACAAAAUCCGGCAUUCCCAUGCCGCUAGUUGAUCAAAGGAACCUUUUUAGCUUUGAAAAUCCAAAAUUACGGUUUGGAGAGGGGCAACAGCAACAAAUGAGUAGUAACAAACCAAUGAAUUUACUUCAUGGAAUCCCAACAACUAUGGAGCCAAAGCAACUUGCCAGUUUGCACCAAUCUGCACAAUCAAUUGGGAGCAUGAAUAUGCAAGUGAAUACCCAUGGAGGACAGGGUAGCUCUUUGCUGAUGCAGAUGGCUCAACCGCAAUCAAGAGGGCAGAUACUAAAUGAAUCUACUAGCAGUCAUGUUCCUAGGCUUCCCUCAUCCAUAGGGCAGCCUAUUAUGACUAAUGGCAUUGCUGGUGGGGUUAUAGGAAGAAAUGGGAUUGGUGAUAAUAGCAGAGGGACUGGGUACAAUCAAGUUCCGCCAAGCUCUUCAAUGUUGAGUUUUCCCAUGAACCACACCACAGAAUUGGCUGGCAACAGUUUCCCUCUUGGAAGUACUCCUGGGAUAUCCAAUGUCACAUCUAAAGGAUCAUUUCAAGAAGAGGGUAACUCUGAAAUGAAAGGAUCAGCAGGAUUUGUGCAAAGUUAUGAUAUAUUCAAUGACUUGCAGCAGCACCAGCACAAAUCACAUGAUUGGGAAUUACAGAAUGUAGGCUUGCACUUUGAUGCCUCUCAAAAUGCAAACCCAAUACAAGGCAAUCUUGAUGUCUCACCGUCAGUUUUAGUUCAUCAGGGGUAUUCUUCUAGCCAAAGGAGUGGACAGAACAGGAAUGCAUCAGCUGUAGGCAGGGCUAUGUUUUCAGGGGUCGAAUGUGUUGAGCAAGGGAAUAUGCAAAAUUUUAGUCCACACCUUAAUAACCUUCUUGUUGACAAUUCCGUAAGGGUGAAGGCUGAAACAAUUCCUGACACAAAUUGUCAGACAACUCUCUUUACUGAACACUUUGGACAGGACGAUCUCAUGAGUGCACUCCUAAAACAGCAGCAAGGAGGCAUUGGGACGGCUGAAACAGACUUCGACUUAGAUGGUUAUUCCAUGGAUAAUAUUCCUGUGUAGAAAAAUGCUCCAUGCUUCAGCUCUUUCUAUGAUUGCAGUUUCUGUUGUACAUACUUGCAACCAUUGAUGGAAUUUUAACCUGCAAUCACAAAAAAGAUUCAAUUUUCUACCUCAAGGUCCUGAACAAAGGUGGCUGCAUUAUUUCACUUAUAUGCAUCUUCCUUUGUGAAUAACCUGCUAUGCUAGUUUAACUUGGAUGCAUGAUGAUUGGAACAGUGGAAGAUUCAGAUGGAUCAAGCAGGUAAGAUACACCACUGCAUUAUAUGCAAAGAUGCACAUGGCUACAUGCAAGUUUUGACUGCUGUUAGCAGCAAACUACAGCAAGAAGCUACUAAUUUUAGGGUGCUUGUGAAGUUGUCCGUUGGUUUUUGUGCGCAUGUCUUUGAAAUGUGGAGACUAAGGUUUUGAUACAUCUGCAGAUUUGUAGGAGCUUUUCUAACUCUAAUAACACAUCAAGUUUGGAAUGUUUUUCUCUCUUUUUGUCCUUUUUCAUUUUAUUUUAUUUUUUACUCUUAUUCAGAAAUUGACUAUGAUGUAAAUAUACCAUUUCAUUGCUCAAGACACAAGUCUGGGCUUUCUUUCCUGGUUCUUUUCUUGUACCAAAAUUUGAGGAUGCUCUCAUCUAUGCUUUAUAAGAAGCUUUUGUUGACAACCUCUUCAUUAUGUAACUUCCAUUCUGCUUUCA